AUGGAAAGCGUCGGGGACGUGGUUAGAGUGAAGGAAGAGUCGAAAGAUACUUGGCCAGAUGCAGGAGACGAUCAGAAUUUUGAUUCUUUGGACUUUGACAACUUUGAAGCGAGAAACGUUGAAACAUUCUUGGGUUAUAAAUCAUCGAUGGUGGUCUUGAUGGAUUCAGACGCAGUAAUGGCCAUAAGAAUGUUGGUUAUUAGCUGUGCUACAUUGACUGUAAUGUUAUUUAUGUGCGUCCCUGGUCAAUUUUUGAGUGAUGCUAGCAAUGAAUUGUUUACUGAGUGUUAUUGCGUCGAUUGGCACGGGUAUCAUCCAAAAGCUCGAAUGUUGUUAGCACUAAUAUUAGUAAGGACGAUGAAACCUUUCAUAUUGAGAGCAGGAUUUUUAGCUGAUAUGAGCUUUGAAACCUUUAGCUCGAUCAUCAAAGUAACUGAAAAUACUAAAGAAUAUGGUUUCAGCAGUAGUCUUUUCAUCGAGGAUCUAUUUCAAGUGAUAGCUUCAUUGAUGAUGAUAUAUGUUUACCCCUUCAUGAUAUGGAAAUACGAUAGAUCUUACGAGAAAUCGAAUCGUUUCAGUUUAGUUAUAACUAUGUUAUUCAUCCCAAUCACUGUAACCUUUGCAUUUGCACCGUUGGUUAUUCCAAUUUUAUCGACACAAUUUUUACCAGGAAAUCAAACGUUUCAAAAAGCUCUACCGCUUCAUGUGGAAUUUUUCGUGGACGAGGAAAAAUACUUUUAUCAUUUGUUUGCAUUGCAGUUCAUAACUAUAAUGAUAUAUUUUACCAUAAUAGGAGGGUUGAACACUUUUUUGUAUUCAGGCGUAGGAUUCAUCGUCGGUGAACUUCAAUACUUGCAAUAUUAUUUGGAAAAAACCGACUCUUGCUAUAGCGACAUGGUAUCUGAAUGUAGAGAUAUCGCUUACAACUUCCUUACCAAGAGUCUUGUGUAUUUUAUCCAGCAACAUCAAAGAUGUAUCAAGCUGUACGAAAUUUUAUACUUCGUAACCGAAUCAAUGAUGUUUGUGACAAUGCUGGGUACCUCUACCAGCCUCAUCAUAGCCUGUUCUGCGAUGGUAGUUUUGAUGGACUCAGACGAAUCAAUGGCUUCAAAAAUGUUGGUUUUAUGCAUCGCCUCUUUGUCGGUAAUCCUAUUCAUAUGCGUUCCUGGUCAAUUUUUGAGUGAUGCUGGUAAUGAGCUGUUUACCAAAUGUUAUUGCGUCGAUUGGCACGGGUACCCUCCAAAAGCUCGAAUUUUGUUGGUCUUAAUACUAGUAAGAACGAUGAAACCUAUGGAAUUAAAAGCAGGAUUUUUAGCUGUUUUGAGCUUUGAAACCUUCAGCUCCGUAUUAAAAAAGUCCAUGUCAUUUGUAACCGCUUUUAGAUCAAUAUAUGCUACGCUUUGA